AUGGCAACAACGUUGUCUUUAAUCAAUUCUAUUCUUACCAAUGACAAAUACAAACCAAUUCUAGCCCUUAUUAAGGGUUUUAGAAAUGGUGUGGUAUAUGGCUGCAAAGUUCGAUUUCCUCACAGCUUGGUAAUGACAUUUCUCUUCAAAAGUGGAACGUUGACUGAGAAAUUACAAGGCAUUUUGGAAGCAACCUACAUUCAUGCAAAGAACUUGGCUUUUUUUACAGUCAUCUACAAAGUGAUCACUGGAGCUUUGCAAUGGUUGCAAACUGAGAAAAAUGUUGGCCACAUCUUUCUGGCAGCUUCCAUAGCAGGGUACACAGUUUUUGGCAAUUAUAACAAAGUCAAUGAACAGGUGAAUCUUUACCUGCUGUCACGAAUAAUAUAUGGCCUUGCUCAACUGAGUGUGAAGAAAGGUUACCUGCCAAAACCAACCAAGGAACCAUUUCCUAUGUUUGCUGCCCUUGUUUGGGGUAUUGCGUUGUUGCUUUUUGAAUAUGAACGAGAAAUUCUACAGACAUCAAUGAAGUCAUCAAUGACAUAUUUAUAUGAUGACAGUAACACCUGGCAUUCACUUAAAGAUUUUCUUAUAUACAACAAAUAA